CCUAUCAGUGCCCGUCAGUGCUGCCCAUCAGUGCCACCUAACAGUGCCAGUCAGUGCCGCCUAUCAGUUGUCUAUCAGUGCCACCUAUCAGUGCCCAUCACUGCAGCCUCAUUAGCGCACAUCAGUGAAGGAGAAAUAUCACUUAUUUACAAAAUUUUACAACAAAAACUAAGAAAAAACUUUUUUUUUUUCAAAAUUUUCUGUUCUUUUUGGUUUGUUUAGCAAAAAAUAAAAAACCCCGAGGUGAUUAA